AUUAAAUUAAAAGUAAGAUUUUAAAAUUUUAUUUUGAAACCAAAUAGGUUAUAAAUGUGCUAUCAAUCGUACAGAUCCUUAGCUUUUACGAGCGAGCGGGUUCCAAGAUAUAUAAAAAUGUUCCGAAAUAAUUUGUGGUCCUCACAUUCCAAAGCUUCCAAUACGUACUACUCCACGUGCCGCUGCCGAUGAGUUCCAGUUAACUAGCUGGUGCUUAAUUAAAUCGCCGCAUUAAUUGUACAUGCGUGCUAAUUAUCGAUGGUACGCACAUAUACAAACAAAAUGGUUGCGUGAAUAUUGUGUUCUCAUCGGUCCGUACAUACACUGUUAUGUGAUAUUAGAAAUCUUUCUUUGUGGCGAUAAAUCAAUGACGGAACAAGUAUGUACUGUACCUGUAUGUGAUAAUAGAUACCUUUCUUGUGGUGAUAAAUCAAAGAUAUAUAGAACAAUUAAUGAUUGAUCGGCACGUGGAAUCACUUGAAUCUCUCAUUGUUAUUCAGUGGUAUAUUUGUCAAAGAGCAUUCACAAACAUCUUCAAGCAACGAAGUCGAGCUUUUUGUGUAGUCUCGCAACAAUCACGUGCUAUACAGUUUUAUUUAUAUAUUUAUAUAUAUCAAGGCAGCAUGUGGUUCCUGCAGAUCACUCAGGAUGCAACACAAACAUCAUAUAUACAACCCAUUUCUAUCACUCAGAACAACUCGUCGAGGAAAAACGUGCAUUUUUAUGACAUGCUAUCGCAGCAAGAUCAGCUCGAUUUUGCAGCAGCCUAUAUCAAGCAACUGAGAGACAGAAUAGAUGGGUUGAAGAGGAGGAAGGAGCUGGCAAUGAUAUCCAAUGGUCUGAAUUGCAGUGGCAAUGGAGGCAGUCCAAACCCAAUGGCGAACGUGGGUGUAAAGCUUCCCGUGAUCGAACUACGGGAGUGGGAGUCGGGUCUAGAGGUGAGCCUGAUAAGCGGGGUCGACAAGAACUUCAUGUUGUAUGAAGUGAUAAGUAUCCUUCACGAGGAAGGAGCCGAGGUUGUCAGCGCUAGCUUCUCCACCAUUGGUGAUAAGAUCUUCCACACUCUUCAUGCUCAGGUGAGGAUUUCAAGGGUUGGAAUAGAGACCUCAAGGAUAUGGGAGAGACUGCAAGAAUUGACAUGCUAGCUGCACACUUAUGUACGAGACAUAAGCUGCUUCUAGAAAACAAUCCGAGGAUCCUGGCAUUUUGGUGACAUCGCUUGUUCAUCCAAUCUCGAUCCCACACGAUUGAUCAAAAAAUUGGGCUGAAAAUAUUUUUUGAGCGUUUGUGAUGACUAGUGGCCCGCGGUUACUGAAGUGAACGAGCAGAGUAGUGUGUACGAGGGAAUAUGAAGAAAAUAUUCUUGUAUAUUUUAGAAAUAUUUCGCUCAUUUUCCCAAGAAAUUAAUGUUCUUGGUAGUUCUUCUGAUAGAUGAUGUUCUUGGCAGUUAGUAUAUAUAUAGAUAUACAGAUGUAGAAUUAAUAAGCAUAUGUAUUAUAUUAAUAUGUAGAAUUCUCUUAGGCAGUCAUAAAAAAGAGAGAACAAUGCUUGCAAGUGAAGAUUUCUUUAUGUUUCUUAUUAAUGUCGUCGAAGACCGUAUGUAUAUCGGAAUGCAACUAUGCAAGAAAUAUAAUUGGCCUGAA